AUGCGACUCUUGGUCAUCCAAGAUAUUGUUACACUAUUUUACAGAGAAGAUAGAUUGGCAGACGAAAAGGGUAAAGUAAAAUACAUUCGAGUAAAUGAACUGAGAAGGCUGAGCGCUCAAUCCUCUUAUGGAACGUUAUUCGUAAGCAUAGAAAGUUUUUUAAUCGUAAUCUUUCAACGCGGGGUGUGUUCUUUAUCAUUUUUCUUUUUUUGCACAAUUAAACAAGUAUAUUUUUGA